CCCUAGAUCGCGCCGCAAGCACUCCAGCAGAUCAACUCCCCCGCUAUAUCCAUCAAUCCAUCACCACUCUUACGCCAUCCCCCACUUUCUCAAAACACACCGGCAUAUAAUACAAAUACAUUUAACAAUUCGCGCCAAUGUCUUCGUUAGUGGACGCCAUCGUUUCGCAGGACAUCUUCUCCGAUGAGGCCCCAACACCUCGCCCCCACCAAAGGAAACGCGGUGGUCCCAGUGGAUCUGCGACAGGUUCUUCACGGCCUGGCCUACCUACAAGCGAUGCCGACCAGAUGGAGAUGGACCCUGAUGACGAAGUUGUUGGACCUCGCGGCCCUGCCGGCGGACGGGCUGGACGGCCGAGGACGGACUUGAGCCAGAUUCCUAAGGUAUCGGAUGACGCUGGAGACCAAAUCAUGAGGGCCUUCAUGGACUUCCUAGAACAUUUCAUCGAGGACCCAAAUAACCCAAAUCCCACGCCGCCCAUUUCGUCCGCAAUGUCAGGUGCCAUCAGCACCGACAAAUACUACAUCGCUCAGAUCCACAACAUGUCCGCCACGGAGUCGUGUACACUAUACCUCGAUUUCUCGCACUUAAGAUACUGGAGUGAAACACACGUCAAGGGCCUCGCGGAGGCUGUGACGGAGCGACACUACCGGUUCCUCCCAUUCAUUCGGCGCGCGCUUGAAGCCUGCGUAAGAAAAUACGAACCUGAAUACUGGGGAAAGACAGGCCGACAAAUAGGCGGCAGCGAAUCAGCAACCCCGCAAACCGACAAGGUCUUCAACAUUGCCUUCUACAAUCUCCCCCUCACCACCCGUAUCCGCAAUCUACGCACUGCCGAGAUCGGCAAUCUUUCCUCAAUCUCAGCUACUGUAACCCGCACCUCGGAAGUCCGGCCGGAGCUCCUUCUCGGAACCUUCACCUGCGAGAACUGCCGCACGGUAGUACACAAUGUCGAACAGACCUUCCGAUACACUGAGCCGACACAAUGCCCCAACAUUACAUGUGGAAACCGCGUGGGUUGGCGAUUGGAAAUCAAGCAGUCUAGCUUUGUGGACUGGCAGAAAGUGCGCGUGCAAGAGAACUCUGGCGAAAUUCCAACAGGCUCGAUGCCACGGACCUUGGAUGUUAUUUUGCGCGGCGAGAUUGUGGAGCGCGCCAAAGCUGGUGAAAAGUGCAUUUUCACUGGGACAUUGAUUGUCGUGCCAGAUGUGUCAAUGUUAGGUCUCCCCGGGUUAAAAGCUCAGGCUAUGCGAGACUCCAAGAACGCACCUCGUGGCACAGAAGGUACUGGGGUUACUGGUCUCAAAUCCCUUGGUGUCCGCGACCUGACCUACCGCCUUGCGUUCCUUGCCUGCAUGGUGACCUCCGACACUGCCGGUGUCCCCGGUGCAAUCGGUGGGAAGAGAUCCGAUGAGGAGGAAGAGGUUGCCCGUCUUCUGCGUGGCACCCAAGCCGAUGACGAAGACCGUGCACAGGACGACUUCCUCAACACUCUCACUCCAGCCGAGAUCGCUGAGCUCAAAUCCAUGGUACACAGCGACCACAUUUACAGUCGUCUCGUCAACUCAAUAGCGCCCACCGUCUAUGGCCACGAAAUCAUCAAGAAGGGACUUCUCCUCCAGCUCAUGGGUGGAGUUCACAAGUAUACACCCGAGGGUAUGGCGUUACGUGGAGACAUCAAUAUUUGCAUCGUCGGUGAUCCGUCCACCUCCAAGUCCCAGUUUCUCAAGUACAUCUGCUCGUUUUUACCCCGUGCCGUCUACACAUCCGGGAAAGCCUCCUCCGCCGCCGGUCUCACCGCCGCCGUAGUCAAAGAUGAGGAAUCGGGCGAGUUCACAAUCGAGGCAGGAGCCCUCAUGCUUGCGGACAACGGCAUUUGUGCUAUCGAUGAGUUCGACAAGAUGGAUAUCUCUGACCAGGUUGCCAUUCACGAAGCCAUGGAACAGCAGACCAUCUCGAUCGCAAAGGCGGGUAUCCAGGCAACCCUGAAUGCGCGUACCUCGAUCCUUGCCGCCGCGAACCCCGUGGGUGGAAGAUACAACCGCAAGGCCACGCUUCGAAGCAACAUCAACAUGUCGGCUCCCAUCAUGUCGCGUUUCGAUCUGUUCUUUAUCGUCCUCGAUGACUGCAAUGAGACCACAGACACCAACCUCGCCAGGCACAUCGUCAACAUUCACCGCAACCGCGACGAGGCCAUUACGCCCGAGUUCACCACAGAGCAGCUACAGCGCUACAUCCGCUUCGCACGCACCUUCAAGCCCGUGUUCACAGACGAGGCCAAGAUUUUACUGGUGGAGAAGUACAAGCAGCUGCGCUCUGACGAUGCCAACGGCGGUAUCGGCCGCAACUCGUACAGAAUCACAGUGCGUCAAUUGGAAUCGCUCAUCCGUCUCUCUGAGGCCAUCGCCAAAGCCAACUGUGUCGAGGACGUCACGGAGGCCUUCGUCACCGAGGCAUUCGGCCUGCUUCGCCAGAGUAUCAUCCACGUCGAACACGAUGAUGUUGAGGUGGAUGAGGAGGAAACGGCUCCUGUGGGUGUUGACGAGGAGGGCGAUGCCGAUAUGGCUGCUACUGCUCCGGAAUCAACACCUGCCCCCACCGCUUCUUCACAGCCGCCGCGUGAGAAGACAAAGAUCACGUACGAUAAGUACAUGUCGAUUCUCACACUGCUUGUACGUCGUAUCAACGCGGACGAGACGAGCAGCGGUACCGGAGUGGAGGAAGAGGAGCUCAAGACCUGGUAUCUAGAGCAGCGAGAGGAGGAAAUCAACAGCGAGGAGGAGUUAGAGGAGGAGCGGGUGCUGGUCACUAAGGUGCUGAAGCGGAUGGUGCGGGAUAACGUAGUGAUGCAGAUUCGCGGAGAGGGGCUGAUGAAAGGAGAGGAUGGCGAGGGUGCGGGCGAGGGGAGCAGCGCUGAUGCCGGAAAGGUGGUUUAUGUGCUGCAUCCGAACGUUGCGUUGGAAGAGCUGGGUGGGUCUGCUGAGGGAGUGUAAGAUGUGGAUUUUUGGAGAAAUCCCGAAGAACAAGGUGCUUAGUUACGUUAAUGAUAUCAACGCUGAUGAGCGAUGUUUGGUGAUGAUUUAAUAGAAGCCUGGCCUAGUCACGAGUCACGACUGUGGUUCAUAG